AUGGACCACACCUCGCCGAGGGAGCAGCGAGAGGGCGAAGACAGAGACGGACUGCCCAUGGCAGGAAAAGGACCAGACGACCAUGCUCGGCUGCCGCCACGUUUGGCACCGCUACCGUCCGGUUGCUUAAAAAGGACGGCUGCCUCUGAGAUGGUACCAAAAGGUAUUGAUGACGAGGAAAGAAGCCAAGAGGCGGGAAGGCCGAACGAAGUGGCUCGGCGGACUUACCAAGUGGGAGAGACGAAAACAUGCCACGUCAAGGAGAAGAUUCUGGAUCAGUAUGUGAAAGUAGCCGGCCACCGAGACGUGCCGCGAGUGCCGGUGUUAGCCAAGUGUUAA